UCUGCAAGAGCUCGACAUUCCCCAUGGAGGAGAGGAGACUAAGGAGAAGAUGCUGUCAUCCGUCGUCACCGUCAGCCUAAGUGAAUGACAGUAGCGUAAACAUGCAUGGUUUUUGAAACGUUCGUGAGUAACUUAUUCAGUUACUCUAUCUUUGCGCUGCUCUGGUCGGGUCGUCCAGGAGGAUGAUGGCGUCCCAGUACACAGAGCAAGCCGUGCAGGAGUUCCUGAUGGAGAGAGGAGGGAGGGUCCAACAGAUGGAGCUGAUCGAUCAUUUCCUACCAGCGUCGGGUCAAAAUGACCAGUCAAAUGAAGAGGUGGAUCGAGAGGUUCUGAAACGCAUCGUGGACAACGUGGGGGUUGUGAAAGUAGAAGACGGUGUGAAAUUUGUUUGUUUGAACACCGAAGGCAGCGCGGGAUCGGUGAUGCGUGCGGACACAGGCGGCCACGAUCACGCGGAGUGCAACGGGAAUAUCAGUGAGGCAUUGGACAACAACCAAGUCAACGGAAACCCUAACAACAGAGACCAAACAGGAGCAUCCAAUUCAUUGGCUGCCAGCCUGGACAAUGACAAACAGUCAAAUGGCAAUGGGGUACAUGCAUCCCCCUCCCAGAAUAAUAAGACCAACACAUCGACUCCUGCCUUUGGUGGAGGAGGGGAGGUGAGGCUGAGGGACAGGAGGAGGCGAGAGUCGGCUCCAGUCAUUGGGAUUGCAGAUCUGGACCACGCUCACCAUGUGGGGUCACACAGCCAGCAGGUGAGAGGGGCACGCAGGGUGUCAAAAGGAUCCACGCGGGCCUUGCUGACCAGCUGCCUCUCUGAAGACAGCACGUUGGAAGGGCUGGACCCUAUUGGAGAUAUCAACACACCCAAGGGGAGUCGCAGGAACUUCAUAGAGCUGAUGAUGAGCAGUUCUCCUCAGGUGCGGAGGUCUCUGAUCAGCCGAGGUUCACGCGUCCGGGACUCGAUAAGGAGCGAAGGAGACUCUGCAUCGAUCCUCUCCUCAGUGUCCGACUGCGCCUCAGUGACCCUGGACCCGCUGGAGCACGAGUGGAUGCUGUGCGCCUCGGAUGGCCUGUGGGAAAGCCUGCAGCCCCUGCUGGCUGUGGAGCCGAGCCUCGUGGCCAAGAAAGACUUCGUGACAGGCUUCACCUGCCUCCACUGGGUGGCGAAGCAGGGCAAAGCUGAGCUCCUCUCCCAGCUGCUGGCCUUCGCCAAGGAGAACGCUAUACCCGUGAAUGUAAACGUGAGAUCAAGUGCUGGAUACACACCGCUACACCUGGCAGCCAUGCAUGGACAUACACAGGUGGUCCGUGUGCUGCUGUCAGACUGGGAGGCGGACCCUGAGGCUCGAGACUACAGCGGGAGGCGGGCCAUCCAGUACCUGGCCCCACCUCUUGCCGCUGACCUGCAGCAGGAGGGAGUGGUCACCUCACCGGGUGCUGAGUCAGACAAUGAAAACACUAGCAAAGGUAGCGGUGGAGGGCGUGGAUGGCGGUUUCCCAGAGUCCUCCAGGGCAAUCUGAAUCCACUGCGCCUCCUGAACCCACCUGCUGAGUCAGCGGAGGAGGGAGCCGGGAAUGGGAAGAACAAGGGCGGGAUGCAGAGGAAGUCGUCUCUGAGCCGGCUGAAUGCACGGCUGCACCGGGGGCGCCACCGUGCCCAGAUCAUCCACAGCGCCUCCUUCAGGGACACGGGGGAGGUGGGGAGAGGGGAGGAGCUCGCCAGCAGCCCAAUCCGAACCCGACCGUUGUCCAACCUGUUUGGAUAAAGUUACACAACUCUGAGAUAUAGUGCGUUUACAAAAUACAGUUUACUCACCUUUAUAAGCUGACAGGUCAGACCUUUUCAGACCAAAUUAACCGCACACAUACUAAAAGUUUUAUUAUUAUAGUAUUUUUAUGUUUAUCUAAAAAUCUAACUUAUUUUUGUUUUUAUUGAAGUAAUCAGGCCUAUGUUGAUGAAGACUGAGGGCAGGUCAAAGUUUAUGUAGCAUUUUAUUUGCUGCAACAAUUCAUUGAGUUAAAGCUGAACUACUCUUUCAAUUCCUUUUUGAAUUUCUUUUGUUUUGAGUUGUUUUUUUGUAUUAUGUCUUAGGCUCGGUUGUAGAGCAGGUAGCAAACAUAACACCCAUUUUUUUUUAAUACUUUACACUAGAAAACUGUUCACACAUAUGCAACAGGCAGGAUUGUAUCACGUCUUCACUUUAAGUUUGACUCCCAAUGGUGAGGGGUUUUAUUAUAGCACUUCAACACAGUAAUCCAAACUCUUAUUUUGUUUGCAGAUUUAAAGUAAUAUAUUUACACAACACUUUUCUAUAUUUCAACUUCUUUUGCCUGGGUGGUGCUGAUUUUUCAAAAACACAUUUCAAACAAUGUGAAUUAUUAUUUUUAACUACCAGAUUCCAAUAUUUGUAGCCACAGAACUCUUGUAUGUCCGAACAGCCAUGUACAGUCGUCGCGUUUGCACUCGUCACUUUGAAGAUGGUUUGUGAUUAUGAGAGGAAACUUCUCAAACUAAACCAGCUGUUGAUGGUCUUGUAUCAUGCUGGUAGGUUCAUAUUGUACAUGAUGGAUGGGGGUGAUCAAAUGUUACACCUCUAGAUUAAUAAUGCACUGUAUACACACACUACAAUGUCAUUGUUAUUCUACUUUUCCGUACAGUUGAUCAAUACUUGACAGCAAAAGAAAGCUGCCAUGGAUUGACUUCGAUCCAAUUACUAUGAAGACAAUGAUCAGUUACACUUUUGGACUGGUUUUUCUACUGACUAUAGUGUACCUCAAAUCCUCUGAGUCUGGUUAACUCAUUGUUACAUUGAUUCUUUGUGGGGGAGUUUAACAGUAUGGGUGUUUAAUGGUAGUUGACAGUGUUUUUACAAAUCCAAAAUUCACCACGAUUUACCAUUUUCAUCAGAAAGGAUCAUUUUUUGUAGCAAUUCAUGCAAAAACUGGCUCAUGAAUCUAAUCUGGUGAAAGGUUAUUCAGGUCUUUUCGUUGACAAACAGCAUAGCACUGCUUAGUUUGACAGUAAAUCUGCAAUCAAACAAACUGAUGCUUUUUUACCACAGAUUAUAUAUUUAAUAAAGAGUCUGUAUCUUCCUCCUGUAUUGCUCUGCAUGUACACAAUCAUUCGUUCAUCAAUCUUGUCUGCAUCAUCUGUGAAUGAGCCCAGACCAGUAUAUGCUGUAUUUCAAGCUGAGGAGCACAUUGACUUUUCGACUGUUUUCCCAAAUAUGUGAUCCUUUCUUAUAUCUGAUUAUUCCUAUUCUUUAAGAAUGAUCCCUUAGUAUUUUGUAGCAUUUGUACUCAAAUCAUGGGGCUUCAUGUUACUAAAAUGUUGACUCUUUUGAUGUAGAAAUGUAUGUAGCCUACUUUGAUGUCACUUUUUCAGAUGUAUGAAUAGGGGAAACAUUCUGUGCACUGAUCAUUUUUAUGUGUGUAGGUCAUUGUUCCGUCUUCUUUGUGAAAUACUGUGAAGUUAUUAUGUGGUGUAAAUACACUGUUACUGAGCCAGUGUCAUCUUGUCUUUAUGUUUCAUCCUUGAAUAUGAAAUAAAGCAGUACUGGUUUGCUUAGAA